AUGCGCCAGCGGAACGAAGAAUUGCUAGGAGUAGAGAAGGCGUCAGGUCUUGGCACUUCUGCACGUGAAGCUAGGGAUAUAGAUCGCGAAAUACUGGAGGCAGAGCAAUACGCGUGGAUUAAGUUCUUCUAUGGCGACCCGCAAUGCAACUUCCUUCUCUCUCUGGUCAAGUUCAAUGUUCUUCGAGGACUCCUGAUGAAUAUGAAGAGUCUCAAUCUGUCAUCGUCAUGGCUGUUCGACGAAAAUGCCGUCUCUGCCAUCUAUACAGGACACUUUAACGGCAACGUGCCAGACAGCCUCCGUCCUACCCAUCUCCAGCGGACAGUGGAACACCAUCCAUGGCUAGACCUCUUCCCUUUCCCUGCCAUGCGUGAUAAUAUGCUCAUGGCCUACAACAAUUUCGACGAAAACCGCCUCUCGGGAGUGUUGGUAGGAGUUUGCAACAGCCCUAGAACAAGACAAGGUCUGAUCAUCUGGCGCGAGGCAUGGGAUCCCUAUGGGUGGGAGGCUACCCAAGAGUUCCACGACAAUUAUGGCUGGCUUCUAAAAGGUUGCCCGGAAUUGAUUCAAAGCUCAAAUUCGUGGCGGGCCCAAAGAGGCGAGGGCCCACUGCGAUUGGAUCCAUAG